AUUUUAAAUUUCAUUGUGUCGAUUUGGGAACUGAGAAGAAGCUCCACUCACUGCAAAUCGAUCGAUUCCCUUUUAACUUAUUUAUAAAUUACCCGAAACAGAAAAGCGGUUCAAUCCCCACUUCCUUGAACCUCUUUGGAGGUCUUUUCGUUUAGCUAAAUGGAAUUGGCCCGUAUUGAUGCUACGGUUAACUAUCAUGAGUAAGAUCUUCAGCUUCUUAUGAUACAAGCGAUAUUCUACUUUAAACUAAUAUAGAUUACGGGGUUCAAAUCUGAGUGCACAGGAGGGAGCACAUCCAGUCUUAAGUUGGAAAAAUGGCAAUGGCUUCUCCAGUCAAAGUGUUUCUUGGCUCGAUUGCUUUUGCAGUCUUUUGGGUGUUGGCUGUGUUUCCGGCUGUCCCUUUCUUGCCAAUCGGUAGGACUGCAGGGUCCCUCCUCGGGGCAAUGCUUAUGGUUGUUUUCCAAGUCUUAACUCCUGAUCAAGCAUACGCUGCUAUUGAUCUCCCAAUCAUCGGUCUUCUGUUCGGGACAAUGGUUGUGAGUAUGUAUCUCGAAAGAGCAGAUAUGUUCAAGUAUUUGGGCAAGUUGCUCAUGUGGAAAACUCAAGGGGCAAAGGACUUGCUUUGUCGAAUCUGUUUGAUUUCGGCAGUUUCGAGCGCUCUCUUCACCAAUGACACCGCUUGUGUGGUUUUGACCGAGUUUGUUUUGAAAGUUGCAAGACAACAUAAUCUCCCACCCCAUCCUUUCCUACUGGCCCUUGCCUCGAGUGCAAACAUUGGGUCUGCAGCAACCCCGAUCGGCAAUCCUCAAAACCUUGUUAUAGCUGUUCAGAGUAAGAUAUCUUUCGGGACAUUUGUGAUUGUAAUUCUCCCUGCAAUGCUUGUGGGAGUCUGUGUGAAUGCUUUGAUUCUUCUAUGUAUGUUCUGGAGAUUGUUGUCUGUCCAGAAGGAUGAGGAAGAUCCAGCUCUGGGACCUGUUCCAGAGGAGGAUGUAAGUUAUCAUCUGUUUUCACCAGUUACAUUGUCACGUAGUGCAUCCUUAAACUCUCAACAACUGAACUCUAGAUUGGAAAUCCCGACUCUACAAAGUUCUCCGAAUCUUAAAGUGAGCAUAGGUAAUGUCGAGACUCUUAGAAACCGCUUACCUUCUUGCAAGAAUGAAGCGAACAAGGUACCUAGUGGUGUGAUAGAGUCUGCAAGAAUUUUAAGUGCAUCAAAAGAGGAGACGAAUGAUUUGUCUUCUCAUAAAAGGGACGAAACAAUCCCAUCAAAAAGGUCUCCAUCGAAUGAUAGACAAACAGAUGCAUUUCCUAAGGAGUCGUUGGAAGGGAAGGAACAUCUGACCAAAAGAUGGAAAAGGAUAUUGUGGAAAUCUGGUGUUUACCUUAUUACCAUAGGAAUGCUGAUUGCACUGCUUAUGGGCUUCAAUAUGUCGUGGUGUGCGAUUACUGCUGCACUUGCUCUGGUUGUUCUUGACUUCACGGAUGCCAGUCCAAGCCUAGAAAAGGUUUCCUAUUCACUCUUGAUUUUCUUCUGCGGAAUGUUUAUAACCGUCAGUGGAUUCAACAAGACCGGCAUUCCAAGCGAUCUUUGGGACUUCAUGGAGCCGCAUGCGCAAAUUGAUCGUGCUAGCGGCAUAUAUGUUCUUGCAGUCACCAUACUUGUGCUGUCAAAUUUGGCUUCAAAUGUACCAACUGUUUUGUUGCUUGGAGGGCGGGUGGCAGCGUCGGCGGCCCUAAUCUCUGCCGCGGAGGAGAAGAAGGCGUGGCUCCUAUUAGCUUGGGUGAGCACCGUGGCUGGAAACCUGUCGCUUAUGGGAUCAGCAGCCAACUUGAUAGUGUGCGAGCAGGCUCGCCAAUCUCCACAACUUGCCUACACAUUGUCCUUCUGGAGCCAUCUGAAAUUUGGAGUCCCCUCCACUCUUAUAGUCACUGCUAUUGGUUUAACACUAAUUUGUAUAGUUUGAUUUCUACCUUUGUAUGGGCAAGCCUGAAAGAUUGCGCCUUUAUAACCAAAAUGUCAAAGGUUUGAGUCGUGAAAAUAACCUCUUUGCAAAGCAAAGACAAAGAUGCUAUAAUAUUUAUAUAUAUGUUAAUACAAUCAUCAUCCAACGGUUGAUAUAAUUCGUAUGAAUAUAUGUAUUCCUAUUAAAUA